AUGUUCGACACUCACCCGGAACUUUAUCCAACCUUGUUGGCGAUCUACAAAGAAGAGAUGGAGGCACACGCGCAGGAUAACCCGGGUUGGGAGGAACGAGAUGAGGGAGACGAUGAUGAACCCUUUGCGUCCGAACUAUCUGCCAUGGUGGUGAUGGCGACGUUGUGCCCGAAAUUGGAGAAGCUGGACGCAAAGCUAGGUUAUAACGAAGACUUUUUCCCUGCACAGCCAGGCUCCCUACGCAAGCUCAAGCAUGUCGAAGUUGGCCAUUCUGACACAGAGAUGGGAAUGCAUCUGAACGCGUUUUGGCCUCUUGCCGAAGCCGCGCCGAAGCUGGCCAAGCUGUACUGCACGUCACUUGCAUCAUCCGGACCACCCGGAUUUACAUUUGCCAACGUCACAGAAUUGAAGCUCGCUCAUAGUGGGAUGGAUGCCGACUCUCUCCACAAUGUUCUUCAGACGUUUCCACGACUGGAGGACUUUACGUUUGAAGCCGGUGGUUCCACAGUCUGUGAUGAGCAGUUCACGCCGCGUGAGGCCCAAAAUGCACUUCGUAGUGCACCCGGCUUGCUCCGUCUACAUUUGGACUUCACUGAAGCUCUUCUCCACGAGACUACAGAUCUCGAUGAAUAUAUCUGCUCUUUGCAGAGCCUCCAACAUCUCCAAGAUUUAGUGCUCGAUACCCGCUGCUUGAUACCCCACAGGGAUCCUUUUGGCACGAGCUACUUUAGAGGCCCUGACGGCCAGAUGAUCCGGACUGACCAUGCAUUCGAUGAUGAAUCACAACUUUCCGAAAUGCUGUUGAACCUCAAGGAUAUCUUCUCGGAGAAAGAUGUUGGAUUUGAUACAGCGGAGUUCCCUCCAAUGAUGAUCGGCUUUGAUCCGGAAGAAGUGUAG